UUCAUCAAAAACCCUUUGGCAUGAUGGGGUUUUUAAUUCGACUAUUCGUUGUGUGUUGUUCCCUACAUCUAAUUAAGUGCUUAGAAUCAUCAAAUUUAGAUGACACCAUCGUCGUUGAAUCUGAAGCCUACAAUAGGCAAACUCGCCAAAUAUUUUUAAACGCCAUUCCAAUCAUUUUGCAACAACCCGUUUUCGAAGAUUUAUCAAAAUCGCCUUGUUUCACGAAAGAUGAUGAAGCAGGGUUAUGCAUGUCCUUUAGGCAAUGUUAUCCAACUACGGAAGAACCAAACUUUCAAAAUUGGUUGUUAAGCGUUCAAAAUACUUGCGAAUAUCGCACGGCGCAAGGCAGAAAACUUGUAGGGGUUUGUUGCACUGGUCUUUCUUCGCAAUCAAAUUCGAUCCCUUUCCAAAUCCUUAAUGAUUCUUCUGUAGUUGAAAAACAAUUUAUUCACGGAGGAUGGCCACCUCCGUUACCAACCCACCCCCCUUCCGUUACAAUUCCUCCUCUUCCAACUCAUCCCCCAACCACUUACCCUCAAUGGACAACUUCAACUCUCAAACCACCAAAUUGGCCACCCCAAACUACCAAACCACCAAAUUGGCCUCCCCAAACUACUAAACCACCAAAUUGGCCUCCCCAAACCACCAAACCAGUUUGGCCACCAAAUCCUACUCCGGCAAAACCCACUCCUCCAACAACAAGUUAUUCUGAGUGUGGAAUGAAGAAUGGGGAUCAAAAUAGAAUUGUUGGUGGACAUAAUGCUGAUAUAAACGCAUGGCCGUGGAUGGCUGCUUUAUUUAAUAAUGGAAGACAAUUUUGUGGGGGUUCAUUAAUCGAUAAUAUUCACAUUUUAUCAGCUGCCCAUUGCGUGGCGCAUAUGAGUUCUUGGGAUGUUGCUCGUUUAACGGUUAGAUUAGGCGACCACAACAUCCAUUCAAACUACGAAAUUCAGCAUGUUGAGAAACGUGUAAAAAGGGUGGUGAGACAUCGAGGAUUUGACUCAAGAACUUUAUACAACGACGUCGCUGUUUUAACGAUGGAUUCUCCAGUAACAUUUUCAAAGCAAAUUCGUCCAAUUUGCCUUCCAACUGCUUCGGAUGGCACAACUGGACGAGCGGGACAACGAGCAACCGUUAUAGGUUGGGGAAGUUUAAGAGAAACCGGACCUCAACCAUCCAUUUUGCAAGAAGUUGACAUUCCAAUUUGGAGUAAUACUGAAUGUAGAAUUAAAUACGGCCCCGCUGCUCCUGGUGGUAUUACCGAGCAUAUGUUAUGUGCUGGGCAAAUCGAUAAAGAUUCUUGUAGUGGAGAUAGUGGAGGUCCGUUAAUGAUAAAUUCUGGAAAAUGGACACAAGCUGGUGUUGUAUCCUGGGGAAUUGGUUGCGGAAAGGGACAAUAUCCCGGAGUUUAUAGUAGAGUGGAAAGUUUUCUUCCAUGGAUUCAAAAGAAUUUGAAAGAUUCUUAAAUCGUUUUUUGAACACGGAUUUUAUUUACUUCAUUUUAUUUAUGUUUCCUAUGAAUGUUUAACUUGAAUAUUAAAUCGAUUUGUCUAAUAAAAGCUGAAAUAUA